UUGUAAAUAAAUCUCGAGGCCCGUGGUUAGGAUCGAGAGGGUCGAUGCAGUGAUUCCGAGCAUUGGAAACGGUGUUCAUGCGGUCGUACUUGGGUGUGUGUAGCCAGCCUCUCGGUGACCCGUUUUCCGGGGGUGACCCUGGACCAUCCAGCCAUUCCGGCUAUCAAAAGGUCGACAUCUUCUCGGCUCAUGGAGAGAAACACUCUUAACAAAAGUCUUAUCUCUGUCCGUGGCCUGCAAAGUCAACAACCCGAGUCAUGGCAUCCUCUCAGUCGCCCGAUUCCUCAUCCAAUCCCUCAGUUUCAUCCAGUUCAAGUCCCAGUAACGUUGUCAACGGUCAUCUCAACAAUGCCCAUCGAAUGCGAGUAACCAUGUCCUUGGCCGAUAUGAAGCAAGUCCAAACCCCGACCUCCACCUCCAAUGAGGAACCACCCACAAGCCCUAUGGGAAUACCCAGUUCCAAUCUACGAGGCAUGGACCACAGACGGGGCAGUCUGGCCACGCCCGAGGAAUUUGUUCGGAAAUUCCAGGGUAAACGUGCCAUCAACAAGGUUCUAAUUGCCAACAAUGGCAUUGCAGCCGUGAAGUGCAUCCGAUCGAUCCGAAGAUGGUCCUACGAAAAUUUCCCGUCCAAAGAGCGAGCCAUUAAGUUUGUGGUCAUGGUGACCCCCGAGGACCUCAAAGCCAAUGCUGAAUAUAUCAAGAUGGCUGAUUAUGUGUGUCAGGUCAAAGGUGGUUCCAACAACAACAACUAUGCCAACGUUGAUCUCAUCUUGAAUAUUGCCAAACGUUACAAUGUCGAAGCCGUGUGGGCGGGUUGGGGUCAUGCCUCCGAGAACCCCAAGCUUCCGGAAAUGUUGUCCAAAAACAAUAUCAUGUUCAUGGGUCCGAACGAGCACGCCAUGUGGCUUCUGGGUGACAAGAUUGCUUCGUCCAUCGUGGCUCAAACUGCUGGUAUUCCCACCAUGCCAUGGUCGGGGUCCGGACUUGUGGCGGAUUACGUGGAAGGCACGAAAGUGAAAGUCAGCAAAGAGCUCUUCCGUCAGGCUUGUGUGAAGAAUCUGGAAGAGGGCUUGAAAGCAGCACAAAAGAUUGGAUUCCCAGUCAUGAUUAAGGCCAGUGAAGGCGGGGGUGGCAAGGGAAUUCGAAAGGCCGAAUGUGAAGAUGACUUUAAAAAGCAAUAUCCCCAAGUCCAAUUGGAAGUUCCUGGCUCUCCAGUAUUCAUCAUGAAACUAGCGAGAAAUGCUCGCCAUCUCGAAGUGCAACUCUUGGCUGAUGAAUAUGGCAAUGCCAUUUCCCUCUUUGGCCGUGAUUGUUCCAUUCAACGGCGCCAUCAAAAGAUCAUCGAAGAAGCCCCUGUUGUAAUUGCCAAGCCUGAGAUCUUCAAAGAAAUGGAGAAAGCCGCCGUGCGAUUGGCUGAAAUGGUUGGUUAUCGCAGCACCGGAACCGUCGAGUACCUCUAUGACGACACCGGCAGAUGGUACUUCUUGGAGCUGAAUCCCCGUCUUCAAGUCGAGCAUCCGUGUACGGAAAUGGUGGCCAAUGUGAAUCUUCCCGCUUCGCAAUUGAUGGUGGCCAUGGGAAUCCCUCUGCAUAGGAUGAAAAGCAUUCGUCAACUCUAUGGACGAGAUGGAAGUGGGUCCGAUCCCAUCGACUUUAAGAAUCCCACCCACCCUCCUAGACCUAACGGCCACGUGAUAGCGGCUCGAAUCACGUCUGAGAAUCCCGAUGAAGGGUUUAAACCCAGUGCAGGCACCGUCCAUGAACUCAAUUUUAAAAGCAACAAGAAUGUGUGGGGAUACUUCUCGGUCUCGGCUUCAGGAGGUUUGCAUGAGUUUGCCGAUUCCCAAUUUGGACAUUGCUUCAGUUGGGGUGAAGAUCGUGAGCAAGCCCGUGAGAAUUUGGUGGUGGCCCUCAAGGAACUCUCCAUUCGAGGUGAUUUCCGCACCAUCGUGGAGCAUUUAGUUAUGAUCCUGGAGAAGAGCGAGUUCCUUUACAACUCCUUGAACACAGGAUGGUUGGAUUGUCUCAUCGCGAAGAAAGAACAAGCUGAUAAACCCGACCUGAAUUUGUCAUUGAUUUGUGGCGCCUUGAACGUAGCGGAUGAGAUUAUCUCGAGCAAUUUCCAAUCCUUCAAAGCCUUCUUGGAUCGAGGUCAAACUCAACCUGCCACAUUCUUGAAGAAUAGUACCAAUGUGGAUCUCAUUUUUGGUGGCUUCAAGUACACGAUGCGCACUACUAAAACUGGACCCACUCAGUACAUGGUGGAAUUGAAUGGCACCAUGAAGGAGGUGGAUGUCCACCAUAUGACCGAUGGGCAAUUGCUGGUGUCCGUGGAUGGCCUCACCCACACCACUUACAUGCACGAGAGUGCCGAUCAAUACCGAGUCGUUGUGGGCAACCAAACCGUGGUGUUUGAGAAGGAGAACGACCCCUCCAUGUUGAUGUCGCCCUCGACCGGAAAGCUGCUCAAGUAUUUGGUCGCAGAUGGCGAUCAUAUCAGAAACGAAGAGCCCUACGCUGAGAUGGAAGUCAUGAAAAUGGUGACCACCCUGCAUGUCAAAGAGAGCGGCGUGAUCACUUUCUGCAAACGGCCCGGUGCCAUUUUGGAGAGCGGUUCAACCAUCGCCAAGUUGAGCUUGGAUGAUCCAGCCCAAUGCAAACGAGCCGAGGCCUACAUGGGGCCUGGUUUCCCAUCGCAAGGGGAUGAUGUUCCCGCUCAAGCCAUGAAUCUGUCACAAGGUUACAUCCACGCCAAGCAAACGCUGGACAACGCGUUGGCGGGAUAUUGUUGUCCGGAUGAGCAUUUCAAAGACUUCAUUGAGAAGACCAUAAACGACCUCAUGAUGUACUUGAAGGAUCCAAAGCUCCCUCUCGAUGAGAUGAAGGAAGUCAUGGCCUCUAUCCAAGGGCGCAUUCCCUACAAAGUAGAACGGCCAAUCAUUAAGGCGUUGUCCAUGUAUGAGCAGAACAUCACCUCAGUCCUGGCCCAAUUCCCUGCUCAGAAGAUCACCACCGAGUUGACGGCAUACUUGUCCUCGGUGGAUCCCAAAGACAAGGACAUUGUCGAACUCACCAUUCAACCCAUCAUCGAACUUUGCAAUCGCUACAAGCACGGUGUGAAAGGUCAAAUGAAACACACCGUGUGUGAUCUGAUCCAGCGCUAUCUUGAUGUCGAGAAGCUCUUUCAAGUCGGACAUUACGACAAGGUUGUGUCAACUAUGCGCGAAAUGAACAAGGAUAAUAUUGAUCUCGUGGUUGAGCGCGUCUUUGCCCACACUCAAUAUCGACACCGGAACAUGCUAAUCACAGCUCUCUUGGAUACGUUGUGGGCCAAGGAUCCUCGGAUGAUCAAGAGCAUCAAACAGGCUCUCUUGUCUCUGACUGAUCUGGUCCGCCCAGAGAAUGCCACGGUUCUUCUCAAGGCCAGAACCAUUUUGAUCGCUUCGGAGAAGCCCUCAUACGAGUUGCGACACAAUCACAUGGAGAAGAUGUUUUUGGAUGCCAUUAACAAGACCGAGGACAUGCACGGAGAUCUUCAAAAGAUGAUCACUGACGAUAGCUCUAUUUUUGACGUGCUUGGGGAUUUCUUCUACCACAAUGAAGACGCUGUCAAAGGAGCCGCUUUGGAGGUGUACGUGAGGAGAGCUUUUACCUCCUAUGAGGUGACUGGACUCACCAAUCUUCGAUUGGAUUGCUCCCAAUACGCUGUGAAAUUCGACUUCUUGCUCCCACAAUCUCAUCCGAAUCGAUCCUACCAUCGGGUGAGAAAUAUGACACGCCCUGCGUCCACUUUCAUGCCCCUCCCAGAAGAUUGUCAAAGACACGGGGUCAUGACAGCCUUUUCCUCGUUUGAAGAGUUCCAACUGAACUUUGACGACGUCCUUGAUCUCUUCUAUCAAAGCCCGCCCCUCUCUCCAUAUGAAGAUGGAAAUCGCUUUGCUUUCCAUCACGUGGGAUCUCCCAACUCCUUCGAUGAUCGCAAGCACUCUGAAAUGGAUGAAGAAUCUAAGGAGCCCAUGAAUAUCUUGAAUAUUGCCAUCAAGAUCCCCAAAACACUAAGCGAUGACAAGAUCAGCGAAAUGUUCCAUACCUUCUGUUCGGAGAACCACGACGAUCUGGUGGAGAAAAAGAUGCGAAGGAUUACUUUCAUCGUUCUGCGUCCGAAAGAGUUUCCAAAGUAUUUCACGUAUCGUGCCCGAACAGAUUUCGGCGAGGAUCUCAUUUACCGACAUCUGGAGCCGGCUUUGGCAUUUCAAUUGGAACUCAAUCGCUUGAAGAACUAUGAUCUUGAAUCCAUCCCAACAUCCAAUCACAAAAUGAGAUUGUACUUGGGCAAGGCCAAAGUGGCGGGUGGACGCGAAGUCAGUGAUUAUCGCUUCUUCAUACGGUCGAUCAUUCGGCACUCGGACUUAGUGACAACGGAAGCCUCGUUUGAGUAUCUCAAGAACGAAGGAGAGAGAUUGCUUCUUGAGUCAUUGGACGAACUCGAAGUGGCCUUCACGCAUCCAAUGGCCAAGAAGACGGAUGGAAACCAUAUUUUCCUAAACUUUGUGCCCACGGUGAACAUGGAUCCUCUGAAGAUUGCGGAAGACGUCCAAUCUCAAAUUCUUACGCGAUACGCUCCACGAUUGAUGAAGCUCAAAGUGAAAUUUGCCGAGAUUCGAAUGGCCAUCCGGCAGCCGUCUCAGCAGAAGAGCUCAAUUUUCCGAUUGUGCAUUAGUAAUGAUGCCGGAUAUAUCCUGAGUCUUCAAUUAUACAGAGAAGUGACCGAUCCCCAAACAGGAGUGAUCAAGUUCAUCUCAUUCGGUCUAGAACAAGGACCGUGGCACGGACUCCCCGUUUCCACACCUUACAUGACAAAGGACUUUUUAGAAACGAAGCGCAGCAAGGCUCAAGCCUUGGAAACGACCUUUGUGUAUGACUACCCCGAUAUUUUCAAGGUGGGAUUGAAGGAGGCGUGGCGGUCUUAUGCCAAAAGGUCAGGCUCGACAGAGCUCAUUCCCAAAGACUCUGAAAUGUUCCAAUGCACCGAACUCGUUUUAACCCCUGAUGAGAGCAAAGUGAUCGAGAGGAAACGUUACCCUGGCGAGAACUCAAUAGCCAUGGUCGCUUGGAAGAUGUCAAUGAAAACCCCCGAGUACCCAGAGGGUCGCGACAUUAUUGUUAUCGCCAACGACAUCACCAUCAACAUCGGUUCAUUUGGUCCCAAAGAGGACAUUCUGUUCCUUCGAGCUUCUGAAUUGGCGCGCAAGCUGAAGAUUCCGCGGAUUUAUUUAGCCGCCAAUUCAGGUGCCCGAAUUGGGCUGGCCAAGGAGGUGAUGGAACUUUUCCGAGUAGCUUGGGAAGAUCCCGACGAUCCGGAGAAAGGUUUCAAAUACCUUUAUCUAACCUCAGACGACUACUUAGCCUUGAAAGACAAAUCCUCGGAACCCAUCGUUCACACGGAGUUGAUCCAGGAAGAGGGCGAGAGUCGGUUCAAAAUCACGGAUAUCGUGGGUCAGGCCAAUGACAUCGGAGUGGAAAACCUAAGUGCUGCGGGUCUGAUCGCAGGAGAGACCUCUCAAGCUUACCAAGAAGUUGUGACGAUCUCCAUGACCACAGCUCGAGCCAUUGGUAUCGGUGCAUAUUUGGUUCGCUUGGGACAGAGAGUGGUUCAAAUCGAAAAUUCCGCCAUCAUUCUGACUGGAGCAUCGGCAUUAAACAAGUUACUCGGCCGCGAGGUCUACACAUCCAAUACACAACUAGGAGGAGUGCAAAUCAUGUACAACAAUGGAGUUACCCACAAGACGGAACGCAACGAUAUCGACGGCAUUCGAAGAAUUCUCAAGUGGCUGUCCUAUGUUCCCAAGCAUAAUGGAGCUAGUUUACCGAUGGUAAUAGCCAAAGACCCCGUGAGCCGUCAAAUCGGCUACUAUCCACCCCAAGAUGCGGCUUAUGAUCCUCGAUGGCUUCUGGAAGGAUACGGCGAAGGGGACGAUCAUUUGCCGGGUUUCUUUGAUCGGGGCUCUUUUGAUGAGAUCAUGUCCAUGUGGGCCCAGAGUGUGGUCACAGGUCGAGCUCAAUUGGGUGGAAUUCCGGUGGGUGUGAUUGCGGUGGAAACCAGAACGAUUGAAUUGGAACUCCCGGCCGACCCAGCCAACCCCGACUCGGAAGCCAAAGUCAUAUCACAAGCCGGCCAGGUGUGGUUCCCUGAUUCCGCCUUCAAAACCGCCCAAGCCAUCUACGACUUCAAUAAAGAGGAGCUGCCACUGAUUGUGUUUGCCAAUUGGCGAGGGUUCUCCGGUGGCAUGAAAGAUAUGUAUGAGCAAGUGAUCAAAUUCGGUGCCAUGAUUGUUGAUGCGCUCCACGCGUACAAUCAACCCAUUCUCAUUUACAUUCCUCCUUUCGGGGAACUCCGAGGCGGAUCUUGGGUGGUGAUUGAUCCUACUAUAAACGAACGUCAAAUGGAAAUGUACGCCGAUCCCAAUGCCCGCGGGGGUGUUCUAGAAGCCGAAGGUAUCGUGAGCAUCAAAAUGCGAAUGAAGGAGCAACGCCUAGUCAUGCAACGUCUCGAUCUCGAAAUGAACAAGCUCGGAACGGAGCUGAAAUCGCUGGAUCUCAUUCCGGAUCGCAAAGCCGAAAUUGAGGUGCUCAUGAAGAAGCGAGAGGAGAUUCUUGCCCCCAUGUUUCAUCAAGUGUCCGUUCAAUUUGCUGACCUCCACGACACACCCACUCGCAUGAAGGACAAGGGCGUGAUUCGCGAUAUCAUCCCUUGGGCAGAUGCCCGAAGCACCCUGUUCUGGCGACUCCGGAGACGUCUUUUGGAAGCCGAUAUCAAGAAGAAAAUGAGCGCGAGUAAGCCUCUGCUUCAAGAUGGGCAUGCGCAAGAAAUGCUGCGACGAUGGUUCAUCGAAGAUCAGGGCGAAAACAAUCGGUUCCUUUGGGAACAAGACAAGCCCUCCGUGGAUUGGCUCUCCACUCAAGUGAAAGAGGACGGUCGCUCGUCUGUGGUCCGAGAAAACCUCAAACUUCUUCGCCGCGAAACAGCCUUUGCCGAGUUCAAGAAGCUAUUGAACCGCAAUCCCGAUCUCUUGCACGAGGUUGGAGUUCACUUAGCGCAGAAGAUGACGGCCGAGAAACGAUCCGAGUUCCUCGAGGCCGUUUCCAAGAUCCAAGAGGAUGACGAACCGCAGCAAACGCUCGAGACCACAGAUGAUUCCUCGGAAAAUGGUGACAUUUAAUGAAAUGAAAUGAAAUUCGACUUUCAGCACCUUCUUUAUCAUCAUACCUUCUACAUUGUACUAUUCUAUUCAGGUUGAACCCAUGAUAGUCAAAACAAAAUUGUCAUGUUCUAUUUCGCUGAUUUUAAGCUAGUUGCAUUAUUACCAAUGUCUCAGAACGGUUUUAUAAUUCGAAAUAUACUCAUUGCUAUGAUUGGCAACAUUUGAUCAAUAA